UCCUCUUUUUCCUGCACCGUGCGGCGCACACCGGAUGGAUGAAGAGCGACCGAGAGCGCAACUCGUGCGCGCAUCUGUAUCGAGAUUUAACCAUUAACAGCAUCAACACCAUCAAGCGCAUCAUCACCGGAACGUCCGGCCUUUAGGACAGACAGCUCAGGGAGGAUCACCGGAAAGCUUUCAAAGCGCGCGCCACCGCAAAAAAAGAGGGCCAUGCCGUUUGGAUGCUUAACGCUCGGGGAGAAGAAGGACUACAACAGUCCCACAGAUAUCACAGACAGAUAUGAUCUCGGGCAGAUCGUUAAAUCGGAAGAGUUCUGCGAGAUCUUUCGAGCCAAGGACAAGACGACGUCGAAAAUGUACACCUGCAAAAAGUUUAUGAAGAAGGAUGGGAGAAAAGUGCGCAAGGCUGCGAAGAACGAGAUUUUCAUCCUGAAGAUGGUGAAGCAUCCGAACAUUCUGCAGCUGGUGGACGUCUACGAGACAAGAAAAGAGUAUUUCCUCUUCUUGGAGCUUGCCACAGGGCGAGAGGUGUUUGACUGGAUCCUGGACCAGGGCUACUACUCAGAAAAGGACACCAGCAAUGUGGUGCGCCAGGUGAUGGAGGCUGUGGCAUACCUGCACUCCCUCAACAUCGUUCACCGCAAUCUGAAGUUGGAGAAUCUGGUGUAUUACAACCGCCUGAAACAUUCCAAAAUUGUUAUCAGCGAUUUCCACCUGGCUAAACUCGAGAACGGGCUUAUUAAAGAACCCUGUGGGACUCCGGAGUACCUGGCUCCAGAGGUGGUUGGGAGACAGAGAUACGGCCGACCCGUGGACUGCUGGGCUCUGGGAGUGAUCAUGUACAUACUACUUUCCGGCAAUCCUCCGUUCUACGAUGAGGCAGACGACGACGAUUACGAAAACCACGACAAGAACCUGUUCCGCAAAAUCCUCGCAGGAGAUUACGAGUUCGAUUCUCCGUACUGGGACGAAAUCUCCGACUCGGCUAAAAGUUUAGUCGCACGUCUCAUGGAGGUCGACCAGGACCAGAGGCUCACGGCGCAGGAGGCCAUCAACCACGAAUGGAUAUCUGGGAAUGCUGCCUCAGAUAAAAACAUCAAGGAGAAUGUGUGUGCGCAGAUGGAGAAGAAUUUUGCGAGAGCCAAGUGGAAGAAAGCCGUGCGAGUGACGACCAUCAUGAAGAGGCUGAGAGCUCCGGAGCACCAGCAACCUGCCGUCACCACUCAGCCCAGUGAGGGAGCCACGAACCUUGCAGGAGCAGCGCAGGAAAAUCCACAGGCUCCAGCCGAGGCCUCCACGUCCCCCGCAGAGCCCCCUGCUGGACCGGAGGCUUCACCCGCCGAAGCUUCUUCGUCGCGGUGCAAUGGCGAAUCCCCCACUCCCCCGUCUCCCGCCACACAGACCGGAGAUGAGCAGAACAGUUAAAUCUGUCUCUGUGUGUUGCCUUUCCCUCAUCCCUCCCCCCGAUCUCUGUAAAUUAGCAUCUAGCAUGGUCACCCUGCACCUGCUUUGCUCUCACGCUAACAUUAGCAGCGCCGGUGGCGUCUCGCUGAGCCUCGUCGACGUCUUUUCCUGAGCUUUGUCUUUUCUCGUUACGGAAGCUGACUCGCAAAUCCUACAAGCCAUACUGUUACGUACAGGAUACAAACACACACAUAUAUAUAUACGCUGUGCUAACCGUACAUUCCACAUAGAUACAAGUACACGAAUAAACAGAAAAGGGAAUUAUUUUGACCUAUUUGGGAACUUUACAUGGGUUUUUUUAGGAACCAAACACUUUGAUGUAACUCUUAGCCUUACACUGUUUGUCGCUACUCGGAGGCGCCAGCAUUAGGAUGAGUUAUCAGUGUAGAGGCGGUAGUUACCUCUCCUGACUCUGGAAAGAGAGAGAGAGAAAACACAGAGAUGAGACGAUGCUCUUCUACCUUCUCCUGUUAGAACAGAUGCAAAACGUAUUCACUCAGAAUAAAAGCAUCGAGGUCACAGCAUGUGAUCGAUGUUGGCGCCUCUGGGUUUAGCUUCGCUCCUGUGCUCAGGAAAGCACGCCGUGGCUCGUUGGCGAGUGUAAAAAUUCCUGUAAAUACUAAACUCCAGAGAGACGUAGCCAAAAACAGCAUGCGUUUUACAAUUUACUGUCGAGUACCGAUUUAGAGCCACGUGUCAACAACCACGUCUGAUUGUCUGCCUUACACGCAGAGUACAGUUCCUCCUGGUUCGGCCGUUUCCAUGCCGACCCUACAGAUUUAAUCUUUGAAUAUUAAACAAAUGUAAAAUUUAGAUGCUACAUGCUAUACUGCUAUACUUUCGCUAUCCAGCAGGAGGUGGGUUUGAUAUUUUAGCGGUCUGAAGGGAACGAGAUGCACAGCUAGCCAUAGAUCUGCACGCUAGCUCAGCUAAUCAGAACACGGUAUUCACACAUGGGUUGCUGAUGCAUUUAAAAAGAACGUUUUUGUAAAUGUUAUUUGCUGCAUUUUGAAGGCCACGUGGAGCCUAGAGACAAACCGCUUGAGUCUUUUGGCUCAGUGGCGUUCAGCAUUAAGCCCUGCGCUUCUAAUUACGCUACACUUACUCACUGUUCGGUAGAAGUAACGUCGGGUGUUUUAGCACCUACGCAUUCGAGGUCAUGUCUGUUAAACCGAAUGUGAACAUCAGACUCACACACCUGCGUUAAGUGUUUAUAAAAACAAAAUGUUCACGCGUGACAGAAACCAUUUAGCUGAGACAUGUCUGGUGGCUUCUGCAUGCUUUUUAGAGACAAAGCUGGCUGAUACACUUAACUGGUUCACCAGCUACACUAAGCUGGUGAACAUAGCAGCUCCACUUUCCACACGGAAGGGGCGGAGCCUGAGGGAGCUUUGCGCUCGAAACCAAAUAGCAUUUAGCAUUUAGAAAAAAAAAAGAAAAAAAAACACUCCGGUUAUCCAAGAUGGCCGCCAGAUAUCUCUCCGGUGUUUAGCUACACUGAAGUUCUGUCCAUGUUUACAGACACGAUAACGUCAGAAACCAACUGAAGAACGUUCGGACUUUUGUAGCUUGUGAAACUUUCCUCGCUACAGCAGCGUCACAGCCAACGAUUCGAUAAUGUCUUGGCUAAUCAACUAUAUCUGUAUCUAUAGUCUUGGUUAUUUCUUUGUUUAUUUCUUUGUAUAUUUAAAUCUGCUUAAUCCAGUAACCCGCACUUAGGACCUUCUCAGUUUUACGAUUCCUUUUCCGUCUAAAUUAUUAAGACAUAUAACACACAUAUGUAAAGAGAAGAUGAAACGACUAACAUUAUAUUUUAUCGUUAGUUAAAUAAAUGUCUGUUGUUCUGCUUUAAAACCUUCGAGCUUCUACGAACACACGUUGCUGAAUCGUUGCACACUUUUCUGUUCUGCUUCAUUUACUGCGUGUUCAAUAUUUUUUCGGUAUCUAUUCGGACAUUUCCAUGCAUUUUAGCAUGAAGUACACACAGGAGUGUGUGUGGGUGUGUGUGUGUGUGUGGGGAAUGUGACAGGAGUGAGAGUGUGUUCAGCAUAAACCAGAGCAAUAGUCGACCUACUGCGAUACUGUGACGCAUGUUCCUGCUGUUCGUUCUUGCGCUCUUCAGACAGACUCGAUGUGCUGCUCUUAGUGUCGGAAUAACAGGAAGUUCACCACGCCUUCGUUCCGGUGCAGUUUCACUGAGCCCUCUUCGACCGAUCCUGUGUCCUGAUGGAAACUGUGUUAUAGUGAUGUACUGCUGUAUAACCUGUAUGAAGUGUUGCAUUCACAAAACACUGCGUUUACAAAGUAUUACAUUGAUGUUUGACAGGAGAUUGCUCGGAGUCCAAAGCUACGGUAAAGACCAACAAGUAACAAGUAACAAGUCAAUCGUGUCUCUUGUGGUGCAUGGACCAAACACUGCUAUGGUUGUUUGUGGGCGUGGCCUGAUAGAGUGUAUCCAGCUCUGUUAUUACACUCCACUGAGACGCUCUCGCAGCUAGCGAAACUAGUCCCAGUCUCUUCUUUACAGUGUCGUUACUAAUUUGUGCAGAAUGUCUAUUAAAAAAAAUGCAACUGAAAACGUCACUCGCUCCAAAUGUCCCUUUCACGUACGUAGAAAACUUGUCAUUUUUUUUUUGUGUGAAAGCAGCGUAGCCUCAACACUGUAGUUGUCCUGAAGAAUUUCUCGCAAUCCAACAGGAAACGUGAAAAUGAAGCAAUAAAGUACUUAACACGUGAAGAAACAUGAGCUCACACUCGAUGUGCAAACCGACGACUAUGUAGCCGACCUACCAGUGGAGGGAACUUUCUUCCUUUAUCCUGCUAGUUUGUUAGCAUGGCAGGAAGUUAGCUGGCUAAUACAGCUACACACAAAGGACAUGGGUCGUACCUCUGGCCAGGGAAGUCUUUAGCUCCUGCUGUGGAAAUCAGGUGUGUCUAUGCUAAUGCUAAUGCUACACGCUUGCGACAUCCUAGUUUUGACCUCGAUAUCUCGACUCGACGAGAGCAAGUUGAAAACGGCUCUGGAACGUGAGGUGUGGCUUAAAACUGUGUGUCUGUCCACUGAACUUCCUGUCAUCUGACUUUAGGGAACGUUACAGGCCUUGAGGCUUGUGCUAGGUGGCAGGAGAUUUAGCUAGCUAACCCGGAAACAGGAAGUAAUCGCAGCCCAUGUGUCUGAGCUGCAGUCACCUACAAGACGUUCUGAUUUCAUUUUAAAUUGAACGAGCUAAAAUCAGCGCACGGCCUGCGAGCACUCAGGCCAUUUCUGGGCUAGCGUAGCGGCUAGGUGAACGGAAACGUAGCAGAAAGGUUGGAAGAGGCUUCAGAGGAGGAAGUAGUUGUGUUUUGUGGAGGUUGUGUUUGUGGAUUUCAUCGAGAAAGUGUGUGUUUGUGCUGAAAUCUGGUUUAUAUGUGUUUAAUAUCCAUCUUUACACUUUACAAAAAGGGAACUAUGUGUGUGUGUGUGUGUGUGUGUGUGUGUGUGUGUGUGUGUACAUAUAUAUAUUAGAUAUAUUAAUCAGUGCUGAGUUUCUUCACUGUUGGUUUAUUUUGUCUUUAUUUGUCUUCAUGGAUCUUUCCUGUUGUGAAUUAUUUGAAAAUUUUCAAACAAAUAAAAGAGUUUGUUGUUUUCAUUUGAUAUGAAAGUGAUAACCAGGAGGGUUUGAGUAAAACUUAUAAACGUUAUGUUCAUGUAAACACUUAGACCACGACAAAAUACUGUGUUUCUAAUCCGACUCAAAGCAAUGCUUUUCUAGUGCAGAGCGUCUGCAGCGUCGCGUGUGUUCGCUCUCCUGUUCCUGAAGUUUUUCCUUAUUGUAGUCAAUAACGUAGUUCACCUGGAGCUGUCUCUCU